UUUACCAUAUAAGUAUCAAAAUUGUAUCUAAACACACAGGCUAAUAAUUUAUCGCAAUGGAUACGUAAGAAUUGUGUUUGAAACUUAUAUGUAUUUAUAUGUGAAACCAGACAUUUCACAAUGCAAAGACUUGAUUCUCAAGUGUCAUUAUCUUGUGCUGAAUGUGAUACAAGAAAGAAUCUAAAAUAUCGCUGCAUGGAAUGUAAAGUUACAAUAUGUGAAAAAUGUAAGGAUAUUCAUUCUUUUUUUCCAUCAAAUUCAAGUCACACUGUUUUGUCUUUUGAUGACAUCGCUUCAUACAAUUGUACAGAAAAUGAAAUCAAUAAAAUGCCUUGCAAGAAACACGUCACAAAAAAGUAUUCAUUUUUUUGUCAAACGUGCAAAUUCCUGAUUUGUGAAGAUUGCUUUGCUGAGGGCCACUCAUAUCAUAGAAUAAUUGAAAUCGACCAAUUUUUACAAGAGAACUUUAGAACUGAAGACAAAAGUGGAAAGCCAACUUUCAGACGAAUGUCUUCCGAUGAUUCGGAUAUUCUAUUAAAAGAUUGUCCUGAUGAUGAUGGUAGCCUGUCUCCAGUCUGGCAUUCAGCCUGUGCAGGCUCUGUAUUCAUGAGGAGAACAGUCGAAUUCAAAGUCAUUAAAACUUUCAAAACACAUUUACCUGCAAUAAACUGUAUAGAAAUGGUAAAUACAGACGAAGCAUUCAUUUGUCAUUAUGAAGGAGAUAUUUGUAAAAUUAAACUAACACCAACAUUAAUUACCAACAGACUGAGGCAUAUCGAGCAAGUUAGGGGAUUAACACCAGCUGACAUAGCUGUUAAUUCAGUUGGGGAUAUUUAUUUCAUAUGCAAAAUUGACAAAUGCAUAAAACUAGUGAAGAAAAACAAGCACAAUAACAUUCAGGUAUCAUCACUACCGAAACAUUUCACCAUGGAACCUCUGUGUAUUCAUUGUGAGAAAGACAAUAAUCCAAUCAUCUGGGUAGGACUUGCAGAAUUUGGAGCAAAUUUUAAACUAUCAUAUCAUAGCUCUCGUCAAGUAGUUUCCAUAUUAUCCAAUGGAAAUCUACGUAAUAUUUUCGAAUAUACCGAAGAAAAUCAACAACUGUUUACAUUCCCAUGGCGAAUAACAUCAAACCAGGGUAGAAUUUAUGUUAUUGAUAGAAGUAGUGAAUCCACUGGAACGGUUGUAGCACUUAACAAGUAUGGCAAUAUGAAAUGGAGAUACAGUGACCUACAUCCAAGUUUAAGCCAGAAGCCAUUCCUUCCUUCUGAUGUAGUAGUUACAAAAUCCACAAAUAUAAUAGUAUUAGAUUCAGCAAACAAUGCAUUCCAUAUACUUAACAUUGAUGGUAAUCUAAUUUUACAACAAUCACUAGAAGGCUUCGAAAUCAAAUAUCCAUUCAGCAUGAAAUUUGAUGAAUCAAGCAACUUAUGGAUUGGCAGUGGAUCCAACGGUGCUACAGACAACAAUGCUAAACUGUACAAAUUUCAAAUUACAGGAAUUUAAUAAGAAAAAUAAUCAGCUAUUUUUAAGUGAUUAUAGACAAAACAUUUUGUUUUAUUUGCAAAGUUCAGUCUGUACAAAUUUACGGAUUACAUUCAUUACAUUAAAUUGGAAUACAUUGAAAUU